AUGGGGAAGACUGGGCAGAGUACAGUGGACUCAAACUCCCCUACAGAGGUCAAACAAGCAGUUCCCUUUGAGGAGCUGGAUCAUGUGGCGUCCCCUGCAGACGAAGAGAAGAAAGAAGAGCCGCCUGACAGGGGAAGCUGGAAGGGAAAGUUUGAUUUCCUUCUGUCAUGCGUGGGAUACGCCAUUGGCCUGGGAAAUGUCUGGAGGUUUCCUUAUCUGUGUGGCAAGAAUGGUGGAGGGGCCUUUCUGAUUCCAUACUUUUUGACACUUGUGUUUGCUGGGAUUCCGCUCUUCUUCCUGGAGACGGCUCUGGGACAGUUCACCUCAGUGGGAGGGCUGGGGGUGUGGAAGCUCAUGCCUAUGAUGAAAGGUGUUGGUAUAGCUGCAGUGGUCCUGUCCUUCUGGCUCAACAUCUACUAUAUUAUCAUCAUUGCCUGGGCACUCUACUACUUAUUCAACUCCUUUGGUUCGGAGCUGCCUUGGCAAAGCUGUGAUAACCCCUGGAACACAGAGAAAUGUUUCUGCAACUACAGUCUGACAGACACCACCAACCUGACCAGUGCUGUCACAGAGUUCUGGGAACGCAACAUGCACCAGUUAACCAAUGGUCUGGAGGAGCCAGGCCAGGUUCGCUGGCCCUUAGUGGGCACUCUGGCGCUGGCCUGGGUCCUUGUCUAUUUCUCAAUCUGGAAAGGAGUGGAGUGGACAGGGAAGGUGGUGUAUUUCUCAGCCACCUAUCCCUACGUCAUGCUAAUCAUCCUGUUCUUUCGUGGGGUCACUCUGCCUGGAGCCAUCGAUGGGAUCCUCUUCUACAUCACUCCAGACUUCAAUAAGCUCACCCGCUCUGAGGUGUGGCUGGAUGCAGCAACUCAAAUCUUCUUUUCCUACGGACUGGGCCUGGGUUCGCUCAUCGCACUGGGGAGCUACAACCCUUACAACAACGAUGUAUACAAGGACUCCAUCAUUGUGUGCUUUAUUAACUCCUGCACCAGCAUGUUUGCUGGCUUCGUCAUCUUCUCCAUUGUAGGCUUCAUGUCCCAAAUCACCAAGAAACCUGUAAAGGAAUUAGCAGCAUCAGGUCCAGGUCUGGCGUUUUUAGCUUAUCCUCAGGCUGUCACCCAGCUACCCAUGUCCUCUCUGUGGGCCAUUCUCUUCUUCUCCAUGCUCAUGAUGCUGGGCCUGGACAGUCAGUUCUGCACAGUGGAAGGCUUCAUCACAGCUCUGAUGGAUGAAUAUCCCAUGGUGCUGAGGAAGAGGAAGAAGAUCUUCAUCCUCAUUGUCUGCUUUGUCUCCUUCAUCAUCGGCAUCUCCAACAUAACACAGGGUGGUCUGUACGUGUUCAAGCUGUUUGAUUACUACUCCGCCAGUGGGAUGUGUCUUCUCUACCUCGUCUUCUUCGAAACUGUGUCCAUAUCCUGGUUUUAUGGUGCUGAUAGGUUUUAUGACAACAUUGAGGACAUGAUCGGUUAUAGGCCGUGUGGCUGGUGGAAGCUCUGUUGGAAGUACUUCACUCCGCUGAUCUGCCUGGGGGUGUUUACCUUCAGUGCCAUUGAGAUGACCCCUCUGACCUUGGGGAAAUACGUGUAUCCGCUGUGGGGCCAAGUGAUUGGCUGGUUCAUGGCUUUGUCUUCCAUGAUACUGAUCCCCGGUUAUUUUGUCUUCAUGUUCUGCACCACAAAGGGCAGCAUCAAACAGCGUUGGUGGAAGAUGACAACUUCCCGUGAGGAUAAAAAGCAAUCGGAGCGUGAAGAAUUUGCACACUCAGGGAGCGUGGGCGAAGCUCCCGUCUAG